GCGAUUCCUGCGAACCCCGCAGCGGUGAAGCCCGGAGACCCCGACUGCGGCGCGCGUCGGCCCCACCCUAGGAAUGCCCUCCGUGAAGGUCCUGGGUCAGGCCAGGUCCUCCAGCCCAGGCAUGACCCGGAACACCUGCUGUUGCUCCCCCGGGGCUGUGCAGAGGCUGCUGCCCAUCCUGGCGUGGCUGCCCAACUACUCCAUGCAGUGGCUGAAAAUGGACAUCAUAGCUGGACUCUCCGUUGGGCUCACGGUCGUUCCCCAGGCACUGGCCUAUGCCGAAGUGGCUGGACUCCCGCCCCAGUAUGGCCUGUACUCUGCCUUCAUGGGAUGCUUCGUGUAUUUCUUCCUGGGCACCUCCCGGGAUAUGACUCUGGGCCCCACGGCCAUCAUGUCCCUCCUGGUCUCCUUCUACACUUUCCACGAGCCCGCCUAUGCUGUCCUGCUGGCCUUCCUGUCCGGCUGUAUCCAGUUGAUCAUGGGGUUCCUGCGUUUGGGGUUCCUGCUGGACUUCAUUUCGUGCCCUGUCAUUAAAGGCUUCACCUCUGCUGCUGCUGUCACCAUUGGCUUUGGACAGAUCAAGAACCUCCUGGGACUGCAGAACAUCCCCAGGCAGUUUUUCCUGCAAGUGUAUCGCACCUUCCUGAGCAUUGGAGAGACCAGGGUGGCUGAUGCUGUGCUGGGGCUGGUGUGCAUGGUGCUGCUGCUGGUGCUGAAGCUCAUGCGGGACCACAUGCCUCCUGUGCACCCCGAGAUGCCCCCCGGCGUGCGCCUCAGCCAUGGGCUGGUUUGGGCUGCCACGACAGCCCGCAACGCCCUGGUGGUGUCGUUCGCGGCCCUGGUUGCGUACUCCUUCGAGGUGACUGGAUGCCAGCCUUUUGUUCUCACCGGGGAGACGGCCGAGGGGCUCCCUCCAGUCCGGACCCCUCCCUUCUCAGUGACCACCGCCAAUGGGACGAUCUCCUUCACCGAGAUGGUGCAGGACAUGGGGGCGGGGCUGGCUGUGGUGCCCCUGAUGGGCCUUCUGGAGAGCAUCGCGGUGGCCAAGGCCUUUGCGUCUCAGAAUAAUUACCGCGUCGACGCCAACCAGGAGCUGCUGGCCAUCGGCCUCACCAACGUGCUGGGCUCCCUCGUCUCUUCCUACCCGGUCACAGGCAGCUUUGGACGGGCUGGGGGCCGCUGUCCUCCAGGGUCCCCUGGCUCCUGCGUGCCGACAGACGGCAGCGCAGGAGCGCUGGUGUUGCUGUCCCUGAACUACCUGACCUCCCAGUUCUACUACAUCCCCAAGGCCGCGCUGGCCGCAGUCAUCAUCAUGGCCGUGGCCCCGCUGUUUGACACCAAGAUCUUCUGGACACUCUGGCGCGUUAAGAGGCUGGACCUGCUGCCCCUCUGCGUGACGUUCCUGCUAUGCUUCUGGGAGGUGCAGUACGGCAUCCUGGCCGGGGCGCUGGUGUCUGUGCUCAUUCUCCUGCACGCCGUGGCCAGGCCCGGGACCCAGGUGUCCGAGGGGCCGGUUAUCGUCCUGCAGCCAGCCAGCGGCCUGCACUUCCCUGCAGUUGAGGCCCUGCGGGAGGCGAUCGUGAGCCGGGCCCUGGAAGCGUCCCCCCCUCGCUGCCUCGUCCUGGAGUGCACCCACGUCUGCAGCAUCGACUACACCGUGGUGUUGGGGCUCGGCGAGCUCCUCCAGGACUUCCAUAAGCAGGGCGUCAGCCUGGUCUUCGUCGGCCUGCAGGUCCCCGUGCUCCGUGUCCUGCUGUCCGCUGACCUGAAGGGGUUCCAGUACUUCUCCACCCUGGAGGAAGCAGAGAAAUACCUCGGGCAGGAGCCAGGGACCCAGCCCUACAACAUCUGCGAAGACUCUGUUCCGGAACUCAAGGCCGCCCUGCUGGAGGCUUAACGGAGCCGCCACGGGCGUCCAGGUGCGAAGGAAGGGUGUCCCGGAAGGUUCUCGUCACUGUGAUUUGAUGCUGGAUACCGCCCGACAGACACGCUGGCCUGGUGGGCUGACAACAACCUGAGCAGGUGACCCUGGGGGAGGAGAAGGAAGCCCCGUGUGGACCCACAGGUGGGACUCGCCGGCUCCCUGUGCGACAAUUGGAAAAGUACCUCCCUGCUGUUCCCCGGCAUGAACCUCUUUGGAAGAGAGGUGUGGAGAGAGCCUUCUGGAGUGACAGACAUGUCAGAAAGGAAGGAGCAGGGUUUCCAGCCUGUGCCGGGGGCGGCGUCCUCAGCCCCCAGCACCUGCCGGGAUCUCGGGUGGGUUCCACCUUCGCACCAGGCAGUGGCCGGGGAGGGGCGGGGAGCGUGGCCAUCUGGGAGAUGGGUCUGCUCCCGAUGGUGGCGUUUGUGCUGUUUUAGGAGAGAAAACCAAGGUGUGCCAAAUGACUUAAA